GGAAAUAUUGCUCAGAGUGGCUGGUGUAAAGCGGUCGUUUGUGGACUAAUGUCGCUUCUUAAUGCGCUGAUUAUCACCCAUUCUUCAGGCAGGGGGCGGGAGAGAGACUCUUGGAAAUCCGCUCUUCACCACCACCACCGCUGCGUAAUCAGGCAGGUCCAGGGCUGAGGCGCACCGAGCCACACAGAGCUUUGCUUAUUGAUAAGACUCCUUGGAAGAAGAAGACCGCAAACUACCGUGCUGACCUGGCUGCGACGUUUUUUUUUUUCCUUUUCUUCAGACGUUAGGCCUGUGAGCUGGACUUUUGGGACGCAUCACGGUUAAAGAGACCCACUGGGGAAAGACAAGUCAAUUGGAUAUAUUGUAUUUUUGAAGAAACAUCCUUGGAACUUCGCCUUUCUUUCUGAGUGUCCUGAAUAGUUUAGCCUUGUAUAGUUUGUCACUUGUCGUUAGGUGUUUUGCUAAUUAAAUGUAGGCUAUUGCGCUUUUAGACGAAAACGCACACUUGUGCGCAAGUUGAACUAAAUAGAUAAGACUGAACAACACGUUGAAGAAAAAAACUCCUGAAUUGAAAGUUGGAGGUUUAUAAUUCACCCAAAACGGUGGAGCUUCUUCUUCUAUUUGUUUUUAUUUUUUUAUUUUAUUUUACAAGGGGGACUUAAACGUUGCGUGCUGCUGACCGAGCACGAGCGCUUUCUUCUUCUUCUUUGGAUAUCUCGGCCGGAGAGACAACAGUGUGGACAGACCGUCUAGGCGCGCGCAGUUCCGCAGGGCGAGCCGCUGUCCCCCCCCGCGCGCAGUGCUGAGGAGAAGAGGGACUCUCGCGCUUCCAUAAAUGCCCGGUCCAUCGAAGAGGCUCGAGGCUGGGCAGCAAGAUGAGCUCGUGGGUCCAGCUGCUGCUCGCGUUGCUGGCGGCGUGUCUGCAGUGUGGCGUAGCCGAGGGGGAGCCUCUGCCUGCAGCCCUGGUGGAGCUGGUUAGAAACAGCCCCAUCUCCUCCAUAGAGGACCUUCAGCUGCUGCUGCUCACUGACUCCGUAGAUGAGGAGGACGGGAUUUCUGCAGCAAAUGGAGGCCAUAGACUACCAAGGAGCCUCGAUGCCCAGCCAGCUCAGCAGGCUCUGUGUAAAGUUCGUACAGAGGUGGUUGAGGUCACCAGGGCGAUGUUGGACCGUAGCAACGCUAACUUCCUGUUAUGGCCGCCCUGCGUCGAGGUGCAGCGCUGCUCUGGCUGCUGCAACACCAAGAGCCUGCAGUGCGUCCCUGUCGUCACGCACACCAGAUACUUGCAGGUCAUGAAGAUCGAGUACAUCAACAAAAGACCCACUUACGCUAAAGCUGUGGUGUCAGUGGUUGAUCAUGUGGAGUGCCGAUGUCAGCCCGCUCCACAUCCCUCUGUGCCCAAGAAAAAAUCAUCUCGCAGACAGCAUAACCACCAGCACCGAAACCAGACACUCAGCCAAGGACAUGGACAGGUCAAGGUGCACUCCAAGGAUGAACUCCAUCAGUGGGAUGAACUGAAGCAGAACCAGAGGGCCCACCUGGAGGACCUCCUGGAGCAUCACUGGAGCCCCAGAGGAGACACCUUCACUCAGCCUGGAGAAGGGUACAGCCUGGUUAGGGAAGACACAUCUCGCACUGGAGAGGCUAUUCCUUUUGCUCCACACUGGGCACAUAACUCCACCAGGCUCCUUGGGACUAAAGACCAAACUGAGAAUCAGGAGAACAUUUCCUCAGUGGACAAUGUUGGUGCUGAGGGAAAGAACCAGUUGGUAGAAGGUGGGGAGUUGUUGCUUCUCAACAACACUGAAGGGAAAGUUAACGAGGGAAACGAGAGCAGGGACGAAGGGACGCAAACGCACAGUCCAUUAUGGCAAGAAGACAGAUCCAAACUUUCAAAGAGCCACACGAGUGGUUCCUCACACCCUGUCACUCCGAAUCUUCGAGCCAAGCUCAGUCCUACUGAGGCACCCGGUGAGAGAGUUGGGAGCAGGUUCCGACCGACCAAAGAGCCAAAUCCAGAGCCUCGAGAACAGGCGAGACGAAGAGACAAUGAGACUCCCGAGGUGGUGAGGAUAUUACAGAUCGAGGAGGAAAAACUGGAGCAGGAGAGAAAAGAGCUUCUACUUCUCCACAAGAGGCUGGACCAAGAGAAGGAGACCCUGAGACAGCAGCAGUUGAAACGUGAAGCGGAGGAAAGGGAGAAAGAAAAGGAAACGGAUAGACAACAUCACCUGCAUGGUAAACAUCAUCAUCAUCUGCAAACAACUACAACACAGAAACCAGCGACAACAUCUACGACAACCACACAGCAGCCAUCAGCUCCAGCAGGCCCCAGACCCCCCGCCCGUCCAAAGAAAAGGAUGAGGAAGAAUCGCAAACGAAUCAGCAAGGCAGCUAUGAGAGCAAUGCUAAUGUAGAGUUAAAAUAAAGCCAGGGACACAAAGUGAACUUGGUGUAUUUCUUGGAUCCAGAGGUGAAGCAGAGUGACUCCCUUCAUAUAAGUAUUUAUUCACGUGUCAGUAACCUGCUCGUCCUGUGAGAUCUCCUCCGUAACACUACUAAUGACUGUCUGGUGAACCUGUAACUACACCUGUGUGGAGUAAGAGGAGGGCAAGAAGAAAAUGGGAUAUAAAUUAAAAAAAGGUGGACCUGGUCAAGAAAAUGCUUGGCUCUGCAACAACAGUUGCUGGUAUGAAGUCACAAGUUUCAUCCGGAAACUGACAAAUUGUGUGCGAGCGCAGAACCUGCGGGGGGCAUGAAACUGCAUCGCUGUAAAACUGUGGACAAUGGUGCAAUUUCAAAACUCUUUUUGAAACCUUGCUUUGAUAUCAACAGAGAGAAACUGCACUUAUACGUAUGUCGACAGAACCGAGUCUACAUGUGGUUUAAAUGACGUUUGUCACUGAAAGACUUUUGUGAUAAGAACGAUGAGACGGACGAUUUGGUGGAAAAAUGGACAUAACAAUUUUGUGUCAUUGAAGAAUCUGUUGUAUUGUAAUUGGAUAAUCUUAGAGACAAUCAUCGAUAGACUGCAACAACAAAGGAUGUUGAUUAAAAUGAGCAGUAUAUUUCCAUGUGUGAUAAAACUCAUACUGAGGGCUCAGUGUUGGGAAGAUAAAGCUGUGUAGAUUUACCCUACUAAGGCCUGAUAUCAUUUAUUAGCUCCGUAAAAACAGUGAUGGUCUCUCUUUAACCAUAUUUAAUUAUAUUUAACUCCUUGCAAACACUGGAAUUACACAGAUGUGAUUGGAGGGCAAAAACAUGAAAAUGUUGCAUUUCAAAAUCUCAUUGUAGGUGUGAAGAAAAAGGUGCUAUCUGAACACGAGGUGAUAGCGUUACACCUGCGACCUGACGUUGUGCUAUGUUUCCUAUUUAUUUAUCUCUGCCAUUACUGUGGAUUAACUUUUAUACGAAUACUGCAUACAAUAUGUGGUUGAGAUAUGUAACUUUGUGCUUUGUGAUGGCUGGGUAGUUCAAACUGAAAGAAAGACAGAACCAAAAAAGAUAAAAACCUUCUGUGUCCUCCCAGGAUCAUGCAGUGUUUAACUUCUAUGUAAAAAAAAACAACUGUGUGUUUGUUUUAUAUGCCUAAGUGUGUGGUGUAGUGUGUGUAAGGGAUUGUGCCUACACCUACUGUACACUUCUGUCAUGCAUCUCAAUACUCGUGUAGAAGCAUGUAUCUGUUUCUCUGAUUGAUAAAGACAUGUCUCUCUUC